CGAUAUUCUUCCAUCUUACAAGACGCCGAUGUCCGAGACCUUGAGUUGCGAAUGAUGCGCUCAAUCAAGAUCCUUCUCGUUGGCAUGGCGAAAGCAUUCUUGGCCGGUGCGCAGCUUGCUUUUUGGGUUCCAGCCGGCCUUCCAGGCUGCGAAGGAACACACCUAAUGCGGAUCGGGCCAAUGGUGUUGCCCAAAGUCUGCGCCUCAGUACAUCAGCUGGAAGAUUAUAUUCCUACCGUUACGAUCGAGUAGAUCUGGGAAGGCACCGAGAACAUUAGACAUGGGUGCUUAUAUCCAUGUGAGGGCUCAUCAAAUAGCGCUCCUUUUGUUGCUCGUUCCUCUCGUCGCAGCAUUCUCGGGCUGGUGGUCUCAAGCACUACUUGCCGCGUUCUCGGACUCAUCACCUCUUGCUAAGGCGCUAUGCCCUGCGUUCGGUGAACUUUUAGGACAAGAAGACGCAGCGAUCCUUGUUCCGCAUGCUUGGGUGUCUUGCCCGAUGUCAAACUCGACAAGCAAUACAACAACCACCGGUGGACAGAACGCAACAGUAGAAGCGUAUACAAAUUUCGUGCAAGAGAAUUAUUUCAAUAUUUCAUCCCGCGUUUUAUUUCUCUGGGAUUACUGUAUCACAUUCGAUGACGAAGUUCAAUACGUUUGGAAAGGAAAGUGGACACCCGCCACCUUUAUCUUCCUCAUCAAUCGUUAUGUCAACUUGGUCAUCACUAUCCUGGAACUGUUCGAGCAAAUCUCAUUCCAAACUUCCCAGAGUUGUUCUCCAUUCGUUCGUCUGCUACAGUCAUUACUAGUACUUGCAUUAUUUAUCGUUGCCGCAUUCACCGCUCUGCGAGUCUACGCCAUCUGGAACCGUGAUUGGAGGCCAGCUCUUCCCGUUCUCCUGCUAGCUCUUGUUUCGCCCGUCGUCAACAUCUACAUGGACGCGACACAAGAGCCGGAAGUUGCACCUUCACCAUCUGUUGGUUGCGCAGUGUACUUGAAGAUAACUAACGAUCUGUUCGGCGUGUUGACUAUCGUGACUCGUGCUUCAACCUUAGCAACCGACGGGAUCGUGCUGCUUCUCACCAUCAUUAGGGCAAUACGAUUAAAGAAGGAAGGCACAAGAUGGACUCGAAAGGUUGGACUUCUACCACUUCUUCUCCGGGACGGCGUGCUAUACUUUCUACUCCUUUUUUGCAUCAAUCUCACGCAGAUUAUCGUCACUGCCCAGGUCGCGGGGAAUAAUGACAUCGUGUACUAUGUUUCUCCCGUGACAUCGAUGCUCAUCUCGCGAUUCCUCAUCGACCUACGAAGAGUCGUGCACAGGGACCAGAGCGAGCAAUCAGGCGCUACCUCUGUCUGCUUAACCACCAACGUACCGGUGCCAAGCACGUUCACCGUAUGCCCAGGCGACCUGUAUAGUUUUGGAGAUCCGGUGGGAAGUGGCUCCAGCGGCUUCGACUCCGCUGACGAGCUAGAGAAGCUAUAUGAGCCCAAGGUUGCGUGCGAGCACUCCAUCUGUAACUUGCCAAGUGGACACAGUUCAUCCGAAGUAGGACAGAUAGCAUAACUUGGCCCAUAUGUCGUCGUUUCGUACACUCCUUUUUU